AUGGCGAACGGGACCGCGGUCCCAGAAUCUAGCCAAGUUGACCGGGGCCCGAGGCCCUUGACUCACCCGGCUCUGCGACGCUCUGACACCCGUACCAUGGCCCGACCGGCAGUUGCCGUCCGUAAACGGGUAGGAGGGUAUCUGGUUGGAGAUACCAUAGGUGAGGGCUCGUUCGGUAAGGUCCGGAUGGGUACACACACCGAUACAGAGGAAAGGGUUGCUAUGAAAAUCAUUGACAAGAGACUCGUAGCAAAACGCGAGUACGUUCGGAAGAACCUUCGCCGUGAAGCGGUGGUCCUACAACGGCUAAGUCAUCCGAACAUCAUCCGCCUUUACGAGGUGUUGGAAACAUCUAAUAACUACUACUUGGUUAUGGAGUUCGCUGAAGGAGGUCCCUUCAUGAAAUAUCUUUGUGAGAGGAAGAAAUUAAGCGAGAGGGAGACGAGGAAGUUUAUGCGGCAGUUAGUGUCCGCUGUGGAGUUUAUGCACCAGGCUGACGUGGUCCAUAGAGAUAUUAAAGUCGAAAACUUUCUCUUAGAUGAAGAUAUGAAUUUAAAAGUAAUAGAUUUUGGACUCAGUAAUAUCAUGGGUCCCGACGGCUUACUGAAGACACAGUGUGGUUCACCAGCAUACGCCGCUCCAGAGAUUUUCGGUAAUGCUAGCUAUGGACCUGCUGUCGACGUUUGGAGUAUAGGUGUGAACAUGUUCGCUAUGCUUACGGGUGAGCUCCCAUUUACUGUCGAUCCACCAACCAACAUGACGAAACUCCAUGCAAAGAUCAUGCAAGGCUGCACCAUACCACAACAUCUCACACGUGAAUGUAAAGACUUAUUGGGUAAGCUUCUCACAGCUGACGAAAAAGAAAGAAUCUUUCUGUGUGACGUCAUGCGCCAUCCCUGGAUAAACAGAGGCUACACGCGCAGACUGUACCCUUCAGAGUUUCCCAACAGACUCACCAAUGAGCAGCUUGACACCAGUGUUAUUUCGUCCCUGGUAUCCGGCGGAUUCACCGAGUCUGACAUCAGGGACGCGGUUACCCAGAACAGACCCAUCGCGGAGACGGCUGGGUAUCAUCUACUACGCAUGCGCGUUUCUAAAGGAUGGGGUUUUCCAGAUGGGAGACUAUCGGUUACAAAUAACCAACUUGGUAGUCCUGCUGAGGAGGUUGUCGACCUCGAAUCAACUUCGCUUAUUUUCACCCCUGCACCUCAUCCGGCCGCCGGUGGGUCUUCUCGACCAUGCAGCAGCCGCUCUCGCCCCGGGAGCAGCCGUCGCUCCCGGCCUAGCAGUAGCGUCACGAAACACGACAGGGCCAAAUCCCAGCUGGCAGCUAAACCGAACACAGUCGAACAGGAAAACAGAUUAAAGAGUACCCACGCAAGUGAUCCGAAAAUCCCAGUCCCACUUCUUUCGAUUGAUGCCCGGAAAAGCAAGCCCACUCCCCAUGAGGAUCCACCCACGCGGGAGAUAGUCCUCGAGGACAUGCGGAAGAAACUGUCUCAUUAUCUCGAGAAAGAUGUCAAGAACAAUGAAAUAAACACCAAAGACAAAAAUCCUGUUAUUAUUAUAAGCAGAUCCAUAGGUGAGAAUUACAGCUCAGACAGACAAAGACACAGACAAGCAAUCGAGAUAGACGAUAUUGUAGAGACUUUAAGUAUACAAACCGUGUGUGACUCGAACAUUUCAAGUGGGAGUCCGAGGAAACACGUCCCCAAACCAGACAUCGAGACACAGGUGAUGGGGCCAAGUGGUGCGAGUUCCCCCAUGAAAACUGCCGCCCAGAGAGGCUGCAUGAUCAUCGUCAACGGGAAACUUGCAAAGGGGGAUCUUUUCUCAGAAGACACCUUGAAGAAACGGUCCGCCUGGACGUCUGAUGCGUUCCGGGAAAGCUCAACUCCGAGCGUCCGGUCUAGGGCACUGCGAAGGGGGCCUGGUGUCAUGCGUCGUUCUCACACUGAUCCGGGUCAAGGGUACCCAUCUAUGACGCAGGAGCCCAAUCGGGAAUCGCUAAGCAGGAUGCUGAAGAAUAGAGAUACCCACGUACCGUAUCAAAGUCAUGGUGCUUUUCCCGCCCAUCGUCUUGGUCUCUACUAUUCCGUAACCGGACCACAACAUCAUUAUCCAGGUACUCCACACGAAAGCCGACGCGGUGGGAACCAGACUACACGAACAAGAUCACACACCGCCCCGAACGGUAGAUCGGUGCCAGGUGUUCAUCUCCGUCACGGACCAUCAACUUUACGGAGCGCGCCUUUUUCUGGGAAUAAAAGGCUCGAUUCUGGGAACUUGGGUCCUGGAAGUGAUUUGUCCCUGCCGAAGAUAAAUACGUAUAGAGUCGGUUGUCAAUAAACCUUUCGUGCCGACAUCGUCGGCCUUUUCAAAACAAUGCCUUGGGCUCGGGGCCCAAUUUCGUAAAGCCUGUAAGCACACAAAACUUGCUAAUCAUAGAAAAGUAUUGCUUAGCAGAAACAGAUGACCAAUCAAAAUUACAUUACAUUUACAUUGUUGUGGUUGGUGCCCAACUAAAUCGUUGCUUAGCAAGGAAA